AUGGACUCUCAUACAUAUGGGAAAGAAAUUUUGCUAUCUGAAGACCUUGAAGAUAUACAAGCAACAGUGUGCAUGAAGAAGACAAGUGUAAACUCUCUAACCAUUUUUAAGGAGGUGAUGUUUCUUGGAGCUGAUGGAAGUGGGUUCUUCAAGGGCACCCUUAACCAACGGACCGUAAUGGUGAAGCGAGUCAAUAUCAACGAUGAAGCAAUUCUGAAUGCUUCACGUGAAAUGGCAAUUCAAGUUGGCCUUGAGAAUAAAUGCCACCAGAUUCUUCGGCUCCAUGCUCUGGAUAGUGAUAGUUCUCACAUAUACUUCUGUUUUCAAAACUGGACACCGUCGGGGACUUGGUGCAAACAAAGUGACACCCUAUCUCACGGCCAGCCGGAGAAUUGCGCUGGAGCAACUCCUUACGGAUAUAAGGUGUUGGGAACCUUUUGGUAG